CAAUUUCUCCAUGCUUGGAGCUAAUAGUCUUAUUACCUGUGGACUUCCCUUUCUAUGCAAAUCGCGGCGUUCUGGUUUCGGGUUGAGUCAGUCUGGCUACACACGAUGAUAACCUCCUGAGUCCCAUGCUCGACGUUGGGACAGGAAUGGCAAUGCAAAGGGACUUUUGAGUGCAAUGGGAGCAUGCGAAGACUGGGCUCUCGCGGAAAAGGUGCGGAAUCAUCCUUUGAGUAUCGGCGGGACAUCAUAAGAAGACCCAAUCCCAGGAACAGGGCAUUUUAUCUGGUAUAUCCAUACACUGUAUCCACUCUCAAGAGCUGGUUAAACAGCUUUCUUAAACAACCCUGCAUAUCUGGGCAUAUGACAGGGACUGAUGAUGCUACGAACCAAAAACAGAAUCGUUUUAACGCCGAGUUGUGAAGCCAUUAGGAUCAACAGGUCAGGUCUUAGUAAAUAAAAGGUACCUUAC